AUGCCCCGCAAACCAGCAGCAGCCGCCACAGGUGCACCUGCAGAACCAAGGCGCUCCACUCGCAUAAAAGAGCAGCCAAAGCCUGAUCCUCCCGCGAGGAAACCACCCGCCAAGCCCCGCGCGAAGAAGGUUAAACCCGCCGCCGAAGGGCAGGAUGGAGAGGCCACUGAAGACGGCGAGAAAGAGUCCAAACCGAAAUCCGCCAGAGGUAAGAAACGUUCUGUAACAGAGAAGGACGUGGAGGAAGAGGAAGAGGAAGAUGUCGCUGCCCCCGAGGACGGGGCCGAAGCCCCCCCAGCGAAAAAGGCCAAACCUGAUUCCAGGGCUGUUACCAAACCUGCGUCCAAGGCCGACGCGAAGCCAUCAUCUAAAGCUAGCCCCGCAUCCAAAGCGACACCCUCUAAGCCAGUCUCUAAGACAGCUCCGAAGCCCGCAUCUAGGGCUGCGUCAGCCAGACCAGCCUCCAGGGCAGAAAAACCGGCAUCACGUGCAUCAGCGAAACCUGCGUCGACGAAUGCCAAGAAACCCGUCUCAAGAGCUGGCUCUAAGAAGCCAGCAUCCAAGGCUGAAGCCCCCACGGAUGAAAACCAGGCUCCAGCACCCGCAGCAGAAACAAUCGCAGAAGACCCCGAAGCGGAAGCUGCUGCAGAAGCAGAGGCAUAA